AUGGACAAAAAUCCUCACUCAGAAAUUCAACUCCCUCCUGGAUUUAGAUUCCACCCUUCUGAUGAAGAACUUGUAGUUCACUAUCUAAGAAACAAAGUUACUUCAUCUCCUCUUCCUGCUUCAUUCAUAGCAGAAAUAGAUCUUUACAAGUACAAUCCAUGGGAGCUUCCAAGUAAGGCUUUGUUUGGAGAGGAAGAAUGGUAUUUCUUUACUCCAAGGGAGAGAAAGUAUCCGAAAGGAUUGAGACCUAAUAGAGCAGCUGGUGAAGGUUAUUGGAAAGCUACUGGAACUGAUAAACCUAUUCUUACUUCAUGUGGUUUGGAAAGCAUUGGAGUGAAGAAAGCUCUUGUGUUCUAUAAGGGACGUCCACCGAAAGGAUCCAAAACUGAGUGGAUCAUGCAUGAAUAUAGGUUGCAUCAUUCCGUGAUCUCAAAUUCAAACCAUAGUGGUUCUAUGAGACUGGAUGAGUGGGUGUUAUGCCGAGUUCGACAAAAAACCGGAAGUCCAAGAAGGAGUUUAGAAGAUUCAAAUGAACUUAGUUAUUAUGAAUCAACAAGUCAAUUUCAGCAAAUGAAAGAGAGCUCUAAUCCUGAACCAGUCAAAAACUAUAUGCAGAAUGAAUAUCCAAUGUUACCUUAUAUUCUGGCUUCUUCCAACAGUGUUCUUCCCAAUACCAUUGGCAUGUCAUCAACCAAUGUAAAACCACAUGAUUCAUUUUAUGAAGAAAACAACUUAAACAUAAUAGGAGCACAGUUUUUAUCGUCUGCAACUGAGGGAUUGUUCAAUAAUCCUCUGAAGAGAAAAGCCGUCGAAAAUAACAGCGAGACGGACUUCUAUGCUCUCCUCAAUCAAAACCUAAGCAGAGAAGUUGAAAAAGAUUUAAGCAAAGGAUACAAUUUCAACAACUUUGAUCAGUGGAGCUCAAUCAUACAACCUCAAGAGGUUAAUAGCUUAGCCUUCACUGAAUAUACAUAA